ACUGUCGAGAAAUUUAUUUUUACAUUGGCUAAAAUGCACUUCAAAUUUCAGGACUGCAGUAUGAAAUUGCAUUAAGAGCAAUCAUGUUUAGUCUAAAUUGGACUUUUUCGUGUUAAUAGAUUUUUCAGGGGAAAGGGAUUGGGAAGUGGUCCGACCGACAAGUUGGAGUAUCGCUCCUACUGAAACAAUGGAUUUUCUGUACCUAUAUGCCCCGAAUCAAUAGAUAGUGGAAAGCGCUUUUAAAUAACGGUACUUGUCGGUAAUUUCACCCUACAUUUUAGGGAGAGAGGAAUAAUUGGCAAGUAUCUGAAUGUCUUCUAACCCCAUCUAUUAGAAACAAUCCAGUUUUCUCAAAGUCUUAAAAUCGAAAAAAAAAGACGAAUUUUCGUGGUCUUUAAAUAGUUAAUGCAUUGCAAGGAUGUCACUGUCUCGAUUUUGCACUGACGUUUUUAUUAACGGUAACAUUAGAAGACAUUGUAGUGUUAACGCAACGCAUGAGAGCAGGAAUUUAACUGAAUCAAAAUUCAAAAUUUUUUUCAAAGUAGAUACCAUGACCGAAGAAUUACUGACACAAGUCAUUCGAGAUAUACAUAUGGAAUCAUCACCGGAACCAGAUGCAUGGGAUCCACCUGAUAAAAUGAAAAGUCUGACAGAUGAAUGCUUGCUGCGCAUUUUUUCAUGCUUAGAUUUUAAAGCAAUAUGCCGAUCGUCCUGUGUCUGCAAACGAUGGUACGUAAUAGGGAAAGAUCGGAGUUUGUGGAGAACGGUUAACUUAUCGCCCAUGAAACAAGAAUUUAACGAGGGUGAUGUCAUUAAAUUAGUUAAAGCGAGGCUUCACUUUACCCGCAAACUCAACAUCGGUAAUUUGAAAGUUAAUCAUCGGUUUCUACGUUUCUUAGAAAAACAAUGUCCACAUUUGCGUAUCCUUAUCUUUGGCCCAGACAGUUCUGUCCAAAUGCCUUCGCGUCGUCUAACGGUAUUUGAUUUUCCCAAACGUAUUGAGACGUUGGAUCUUCGACAUGUGGCAGGUGAUUUUGAUUUUUUAAUUCGCAGUAACCGUACGUAUUAUAAUAUACACAACAUUGGUAUCGGAAGGUUUUUAUUCACGCAGACCGAUUUAACGUUAUUGUUUGCAAAACUUCCGAAUCUUGCUAUCGUAGAUCUAACAAACUGCGUAGAAUUUGACGACAACGGAUUAAAAGUACUAGCUACAAGUUGUCCAAAUAUGGAGUCGUUGUGUUUAAUUGGCUGCCGUGGAAUUCAAGGGAAAACAUUUCAUACAUUGUUGAAGUAUUGCUGGAAUUUAAAGACAUUACUAUUGCGAUAUCUGAAAUUCCAAGAUCAUGUAUUGACGCAAAACAUCUGGAGGGAAAGUGUCAUCGAAGAACUAGACAUAUCAGCUUGCCCAAAAAUCACCUGGCAAGGACUGUUUUCAUUUUUGACACAACUUAAGCAUGUAAAGUAUUUAAACAUGUCGUACUGUGGAGAAGGUCAUGCUGUCAACGAUGCUGUACUGUGGGAGUUGGGAAAUAAAGGUGUGGCUGAACGACUUGUUAUGUUAGACUUAAGAUGGAGUUUCCACUUGACACCCAAUGCUUUGUUCAAUUUUGUAAAACGUUGCAAAAAGAUUGAAUACUUGGGACUUUACCAGUCAGUUCAAGUUGGAGCGGAUAACAUCGCCGCGUUAGUAGGAAACUUGCCAAAGAUAAAAGUGUUGGAAUAUGGUGGCUCGUUGCCCCAGUUCCUGAGUGAUAGUAAGAUUAUACCGAAGUUGAUGACUUUCUCAAAAAAAAUUGAAGUAUUGUCACUGAUUAACUUCACAACACAAUCAAAAAAGGAUGAUUACAAAUUCUUAAAAGCUUUCAUGAGAAAAUCAAAACAUUUAAGGCGAAUAAACUUUUGUGAUUGUUCGCCUGAUCUAGUUAAAGUUGGAAGCGAGGCUGCGAAAAAAAUUCACCGCGUGAAAGUGACUAUGAAAUGGGAGUGCGCGCUGCCGCCACCGAACUUAACUUUAGAUUCUAUAGUAUUGUAGUUUUUAUAUCACCAGGGAUUCUGUUUUGUCCGAGGAGGGGGUUUUAAAUUUUUUAUUUCUUAAAACAUUAUUUGUGGAUUAAACUGCUUGCGUUUUUUGCAACAAAUCCUUUUAUCCGAGCAAGGUUCAAAAAUUCAGUUGCGAUUUCCAUCAAACAUUGCGACAUUCGUAUUUAUAGUAAAAUUUGUCUGUAUCUUUUGUAUAUUUGUAUGUUUUAUAUAGAACAUGAUAUUUUCAUUUGCCAGUGUUUUAUUUUGCUAUCAUAGUUUCGCUGGAUUCAGGAAGACGCAGGGGGGGGGGGCAUAAGGUUGCGCUUUUUUGCAAUUUACACUUUGACUAAGAAAGAAAAUACAAGAAUUUUGAUGAAGAAAACACUAUCAAACUUUCAUUUCCACG